AUGUUCGCCAAGAACUUUGUCCUCAGCGGUCUCGCUGCCCUCGGAAGCGCCCACGUCCUCCUGAGCAACCCAGUCCCGUACGGCAGAUCGGACCUUAAAAACUUCCCGCUGAAUUUAGAUGGCAGUAACUUCCCUUGCCAACAACGCCCCACUGCCUACGACGCGCAAGGGGCCAGCAAUGUCUAUGCUCAAGGUAGUCAACAACAGCUGUCUUUCGUUGGCAGCGCUGUUCAUGGUGGGGGCUCUUGUCAGAUCUCGGUCACUACCGACCUGCAGCCCACCAAAGACUCCAAGUGGAAGGUGAUUCACUCAAUCAUCGGCGGCUGCCCUGCUCGGGAUAUGGGCGGAAACUACGAUGCAAACGACGCCAAGUUUAUAAACCCCAACAAGUACAGCUAUACCAUCCCCAAGGAGUUGGCUGCAGGCAACUAUACCCUGGCCUGGACCUGGUUCAACAAAGUGGGCAACCGCGAAAUGUACAUGAACUGUGCUCCAUUGACGGUCACUGGUUCCGGUGGCUCAAGCAACUUUAUGAACACUCUACCCGACAUGUACAAAGCCAACAUCUACGGAGAGGAUGGCUGCCGCACCCCGAAUAACGAGAACUUCCCGUAUCCCAAUCCGGGCAAGAAUGUCGUGUAUGAGAACAAGGUUACCCCGACGGUCACUUUGGCAGCGACCGAUCCAUGCAUCCCCGUCAACGGCGGCGGCGGUCCUCCUGCCCCUUACCCUCCGCCAGCUCAAACUCAGGUCCCAAGCAGUGCCCCUCGGCCUACAAAUGUCAACAACCCUGUUCAGCCGCCGCCCCCGUCUGGAACCAAGCCCGGAGGCGUUUACAUCACUGUUUCGUCGGGGCAGCCUGCUGCUACUUCUGCACCCCCGGUCGCCUCCCAGCCUGCGGCUCCGUCGUCGGUGGCUCCCGCUCCUGGCGCCGGCAACCCAGGCGGCAGCAGUCCCGCGGGCGGCCACCCUCAGGGCACUGCCUGCAGCACCGAGGGUACAUGGAACUGCGUGGGGGGAACCUCUUUCCAGCGUUGUGCUAGCGGCGCCUGGUCAUCCCUUCAGCCUAUGGGGGCUGGCAUGCAGUGCACGGCUGGCGAGUCGAGCAACCUCGAGGCGAAGACGAAGGUGUCGAAACGCAACCUGCGCCGGGCUCGUCGAUUUGCGGCGUAA